AUGAUGAACUGUAAUCAACUUGAUAUCAAAAAAAUUUGUGGCUUCACAAAUGUGGGUUGGACUUUCCAACAGGUUGUUGGUAGUAAAGGAGGCAUGUUAAUUUUGUGGGAUAAAGACUUUGUAGAGAUCAAUGGUUCACUGGCGAGGGAAUACACUUUGUCUGUCUCUUGUACUUACAAGUCAGACAAUUUCAAAUGGAUGUUAACAAAUGUUUAUGGUCCAUAUAAUCCAGUGGAGAGAAAAGAUUUUUGGGUGGAACUAGAUAAUACCUGCAGACUUUGGGAUCUCCCUUGGUGCAUUGGGGGUGAUUUCAACACAGUUAAAAAGUGUGAUGAAAAAAAGAAUUGUUAUAGAAUUACAAGGAGUAUGACUCAAUUCAAUAAGUUCAUUGAGGAACAUGAACUUAUUGACCUACCUCUGAAAGGUGCAAGGUACAUUUGGUCCAAUGGGCAAUCAAAUCCUGUGAUGUGCAGACUUGACAGAUUUCUCAUCUCCCCUUCUUUUGAAACUCAUUAUCCAUUCAUAACCCAACUUGCCAAAUCUAGACCAACAUCAAACCACAUUCCUAUCCUUAUAGACAUCUCUGAUCCUAGUUGGGGCCCUAGUCCUUUUAGGUUUGAAGUUAUGUGGUUCUUGGAGAAUGGUUUCUUACAAUUAUUAGAAAAUUGGUGGCUUUCUUUUGAUUUUGCAGAGGACAAGACCUUAUCUGAAGAGGAGAUCAACAAGAUGCUAUCUCUGAAGACGGAGUUUGAAAAAACAACACACAUGAAGAAGGUUUCAUGGAAGAUUAAGUCAAAAACUCAGUGGUUGCAAGAAGGUGACAAAAAUACUUCAUUCUUCAUUAGUAAAGCUUCAGAUAUAAGGAGGCACAAUAGAAUCAAGCAAUUAUACAUAAAUGGUGCGUUGGUGGAUGAAAAAAUUAUUCUUCAAGAUCAUAUUGUGAACUAUUACAAUACUUUAUUUACAGAAGAAGAGAUAAUAAGACCCAAUCUUGAAGACAUUGUCUUUGAUAAGAUAAACACACAAGAGUGUGAUAUCUUAGAUGCAGAAUUCUCUGAGGAAGAAGUUAUUGCUGCUAUUAAGGAUCUUGGAAGUGACAAAGCACCGGGUCCAGAUGGUCAAAUCAAUAGCAAGCACAAUUUCACCUUCAUCACUUUGGUUCCUAAAAAGGAUUAUGUAGAGACAAUUGAAGGUACGCAAAUAAUAUAUGGCACAUUGAUUGCCAAUGAACUUGUGGAUUCAAGGAUUAGAUCUGGUAAAGCUGGUAUUAUUUGUAAGAUAGACCUGGAAAAGGCCUUUGACAGGAUUAACUGGAAGUACUUGGAGGUUGUGAUGCUUCAAAUGGGUUUUAGCAGUAAGCUGUGCAAAUGGCUCAGGUUCUGUUAUUCUACCUCAACCUUUUCAGUUUUAAUCAAUGGCUCUUCUUUUGGUUUCUUCUCAAGUUCAAGGGGUGUUAGACAGGGUUGUCCCGUUUCUCCUAUUUUGUUUAACAUAGCCAUGGAAGGCUUCUCAAGAUACAUGGAUAGAGCUUCUCAACUUAGUCUUUUUAGUGGUUUUUCUGUAACUACUUCUAGCAUUACUGUCAAUCAUUUACAUUAUGCUGAUGAUACAAUAUUCUUUAUUGAUCACAGUAAAGAGGAAUUAAUUAACUUAUUUUCAGCUCUCAAGUACUUUGAGUUUAUUUCUAGCCUCAAGGUUAAUACUUCCAAAACAAGACUAAUAACCAUUGGUGAGGUGCCAGAGUUGUCUGUUUGGGCUGUAGAGUUUGGUUGUGCCACUGACAAUCUUCCAUUCAUGUACCUUGGUAUGCCACUGGGAGCUAAGCCAAAUUCUAAGCACAUCUGGGAUCAUAUUAUUGAGAAGUUUGAGGAAAGAUUGUCUUUGUGGAGACAAAUUUCUCUUUCCAAGGGAGGUAAACUUGCUUUGCUUAAAUGUAUUCUAUGUUCACUCCCAAUUUAUUAUUUCUCUCUUUUUAAAGCACCUGUUUCUGUGAUCAAAAUACUUGAGAAGAAAAUGAAAAAUUUUCUUUGGGAAAAUGGAAUUGGAUCAAAGGUUUCUCAUCUCAUAAAUUGGGGUUUAGUUUGUGCUGACAAAGAAAGGGGUGGUCUGGGAAUGCGCAACUUAAAGAUAAUGAAUCAGUGUAUGCUUGCUAAAUGGUGUUGGAGGUUUGGUCAAGAUAAGAAUAGGCUAUGGUACAAUAUUAUUGUUGAUAAACAUGGUAGGGAGAUUUCUUUUUGGAAUGAUAUCUGGAGUGGCAACAUAUCUCUUGCCUUGGAUUUUCCGGCCCUUUACAGGUUAGCUUGCAGUAAGACUUCAAAGCUAGCUGAUAUGAUCUCUACUAACGGUAAUUGGAAAUUUGACUUCAAAAGGUAUUUCUCCAGUCUUGAAGCAAAUGAUUUUGCACAAUUUUUGCUAAGGAUUGGCAGCAAUCCACCGGAGUUGGACAACCUCUCAGAUACCAGACGCUGGACUCUAAACAGCAGUGGAACUUUUAGCAUCAAGUCUCUUUAUGCCAAGUUGGUAGAAGGUUCUGGUUUGGACGACUUCCCUUAUGGUUUUGUCUGGCAUAAGUCAAUCCCUCCAAAGAUCAAUUUUAUGGUUUGGUGUAUAAUUCAUGAGAGACUUAAUACCAUCGAUAAUUUGCAGAAUAAAGGAGUAGAUAUCUACAACUCAUGUGCCCUCUGUGGUGAUGAUACAAAAUCGCAUGAUCAUAUCUUCCUUCACUGUAAAAUAGCUCAUAAAAUAUGCUGCAGUGGUUUACACAAUCUGGUUGGAGAGAAUAAGUGUACAUUUGAACCAAAUCAUACUUUCAAGACAGAAGAUGACUUGGGAUUGGAAGUAACAAGUUCAGUCUUAGCUUGGGAGGAGGCUGCGGGUAGAAGAGUUCAUCUUAAUUUUUUAAGUACAGUCCACAAUACAUGGGAUGCUAUUUUUGUUUAA